UGUUAGCUAGCUUGAGGUUACAGAGGUUAGCCGUGCGUGUGCCGCUGGAGGUAUGUUCACUCUGGUCCGAAGGUUUAAAUUUCACAGAAUAAGAUAACUUGUCACUGUUGUUGUUUACGUACAAUUCGCGGCUAGUGCUCGUAAACAAGAGGACGACUCGUGUGUUUGUUGACAGUAAACACAGCGCGAAACUGGAUGAUCAUUCAUUUUUCCAGCCGUCUUGAGUUUGCUAGCUUAUUAGCUAGCUGGCUAACUUGUUUACCGUUAGCGUUAAAGAAAAACGUGCAGCUUUCAUGGCCGUCAGCGAUUAAAUGUUAGAGAGUUGUGGAGUGGGUGUUUCACUCAGUUUGUCUGCGUGUGACUGCGGUUAGAAUUACAUUUGCUUUACCCGGUUAACAGAAGUAAACUUCGGCCAGGAUCGACGCUACAAACUCGCGUGUACCAUUCCGGUGUUUACUAAUAACUUGAGCUCCAUCAGCUGAUUCCACUUGGACCAGCGCUCAGCCAUCCUGGACACCAUGUCGGAGCUGUACAUUCGGGUGGCUGAGGAUGAAAACGAAGAGCCCAUGGAGAUCCCCUCGGAGGACGACGGUACUGUUUUGCUAUCGUCGGUAGCAGCCCAGUUUCCAGGGGCUUGCGGGCUGCGGUACAGAAACCCAGAGUCCCAGUGCAUGAGGGGGGUCCGGCUGGUGGAGGGUGUCCUGCAUGCACCCGAGAACGACUGGGGGAACCUGGUUUAUGUCGUCAAUUACCCCAAAGAUAACAAAAGGAAGAUGGAUGAAAUAGACGCUGCCUCAGCUGUGAAAAUUAAAAGGGGCUUUCAGAAGACAUCAGAUCUCAUUGUCCUCGGGUUACCAUGGAAAACAACAGAACAAGACCUGAAAGAUUAUUUCAGUACCUUCGGGGAGGUCAUCAUGGUGCAGGUCAAGAGAGAUGCAAAAACGGGCAACUCAAAAGGUUUUGGCUUCGUCCGGUUCACUGAGUACGAGACACAAACCAAAGUCAUCGCUCAGAGACACAUGAUUGAUGGUCGAUGGUGUGACUGUAAACUUCCCAACUCAAAGGCGUGUCCUGAUGAGCCCAUGCGGAGCCGUAAAAUCUUUGUUGGCCGCUGUACAGAGGACAUGACAACCGAUGAUCUGAGGCAGUACUUCAUGCAGUACGGCGAAGUCACUGAUGUCUUCAUCCCCAAACCUUUCCGGGCAUUUGCAUUUGUCACAUUUGCUGAUGACCAGGUCGCCCAAGCACUGUGUGGAGAGGACUUGAUCAUCAAGGGUGUCAGCGUACACAUCUCCAACGCUGAGCCCAAACACAAUAAUAUUCAUCAACUCUUUCCCAAUUUCCCGGGAGGAAGCGCCUCAUUGGCAGCAAUGUUCGCCAGAUCUCAGUAUCAAUUCCCCUCCUUCCAUGUGUAAAUGCUUUGUCAUCCAAGAACACAGCUUCACUCUGCAUCAUGUACUGUGUUAGACGGUGGGUGUUGUCUUUUUCCUCUCCCCUUUUUUUUUUUUUUUUGUUUUUUUGUCGGGAUAUAGAAAUCUUGUCUGCUCUUGUCGCUUUUCGAGAUCAAUGAGUGGGAUUGAUGUUGGACCGAGUGAGAGUGAGCGAGCGGGAGAGCAAAAUGAAAGAAAGCAAGUGUGAGAAGGACUGUUUGUGCAAAGUUUUUUUUUUUUUCUUUUUUAAAGAGACAAAUGCCUGCGAGAGUUGAGAAGAACCUGUGGCUUUGUGCGAGUGUGAGAGGAAGAAGCAAGUACGAGUGUGUUCCCAAUGGCCAUCACAAGGACAUUUUAUCGCGUCUCGAGAUCCCUAUGGUCUCUGCUUUCUCUCAUCGUUUUCUAUCAACCUUAAUUCUUUUUAAAAAAAAAAAAAAGUCACCGUGAAAUGUCAAGUGCUAUGAGUAUUUGUAUCCUUUGGUAGCUUUUUUUUCUCUUGCUGUCUGAUUUGAUGUGAAUGCUGCGUCUGGCUGUGUGCUUUAUUUUUCUCCUUGUUAUCACCCUCUCUGUGUGAAAAUGUGACUUUGUGCAGGUGAAGUCUGUGUGGGGGAUAAAAAAAACAAAAAAAAAACACUGAAAGCGUGUUGAAGUUUGCAAGUGAGCUCAGAGGUUUGACGUGGUGAAUGUUUGACAAGUUCCCAUUGAAAGUUUGUUUGAAGUGGUUACGAAUGCAUUUUCUAUGUUUUGUGAAUCAAAGGGAAGUCUGAAAUAAAAAUGAAUUUGAAUAGGUAUGAUACCCUCUUUGACAGUGACUUCUUCUUGACUUUACAUUAAUUGAACUGCCAACACUUUAAUUUACAUGUAUAGGGACUUCGGACACGGAAAAGCCCAGGUUUCAUCCCAAUCCAGUCAGUUGCACAGAAGACGAAGACAUUGUUGGGUGAGCCAACCACAGUGGAAACGCUGCACCAACUGCCUUAAUCCUCAAAAGGAUCUUCUUCACCUCACUAGCGAGGCACCUUGGACCAUUGCAACUUGAAAUUUAGAGCGAACCGUACUCAAAUAUACCCAGCUGAGUUAUGUUUUCUUUUAAAAACUUGAAACUGUCACAAAUAGGACCCACCAGCGGUUCAGGCAGCGAAACGUGUGAAACAAGUCCUGCAUUUUUUUUGUUUGUCAGUAAAUGCUUUAUUCUUCUACCUCCAAACACUCUGAUAACCUGAGAAAGCUUUAAACCUGUAGGUCGUUUUGUCAUUGUGGGUCCGUAUGUCAGGAAGUGUUCCUGUUACUAUUUUGUUUGCUUUCACUGUAAAGCGGCUGAAAUGUGUGAGCUGACUGAUUUUUAAAGGGACUUAACUGAUUGAACAUGCCAGCAGGAAUCCAAUUCACCUUGUGUAUUGAAGUAUUAGUACACUGCGUUGCAAAAUAAAAGUUUGGAGUGUUUAA